AAAUCUUGGUCUUUGGGUGUAGUCUCCCAACCUCUAUUCUGCUCCUGAUGUUAAUUUUGCAAUUCGUCAUCUCUCAUCUCUCGCCAAUUUGUGACUGAAUUAAUUUAUGAAAGUUAUUACCACACCCACUUUUUAAGAUUGGAAGGAGUAGUUAAAAGUAGUCGUGAAGUCGUAAUUGGAGUGGGAUUUAAAGAUGCGUCUCCCCGUGUUUGCUGCGUUGGUGGGGUUGUGCCUCAACAAUUUCGCCUUGGCGCAGGGACCUAAGCCAAAACCUAAGCCAUUACCUCCCAUCAUUGUUCAGGAACAUGGUCUCAUCAUGGUCAUGAACUCGUCUGAUGUCACUCUUCGGAUGAAUGAGGCUAAGGACAAGCUCUUCAAGGCUUCCUUUAGCAAAGCUACAUUCGCUCCGGUUCAGGAAGAUACAAAGACGUCGACAGUAACUAUGACGUUCGGUGCACCAGACACGAUUUCCAAAGACCUUACAAUUUCAAAUUUCGCAAUUACGUUGAAGUUUGCAAAAGAGGGCACUUAUUGGGUCAUGUCGAACGCUACGGCAAAUCUGAAGGGGACAGAGACUGGAAAACCUUUCGAUUUCGCAAACAGCGUGCUCAUAUCAGACAUUGGCUUGUAUGCGCCAGACUCGCAUUCUUUCCAUUGUUCGCGAUUUGGUUCGCUUUAUCCGGCCGAAGGGGGUGGCAAUCACUCAUUUGCGAUUGACUUGAAUCACUUCCAGGUCCAACCCUUUUCCAAUAACACAAAAAGUUUCUCCGAAGCCUACGAAUGUGUCGGGUUCUUUUCCAUCGGAAUCUUGUCUGGUAUUUUCAUCACACUCAUUCUAAUGGCAGUGAUAGCGUGGGGACUGGCUAUGAUUAUGGAUGUCAAAACAAUGGACAGAUUUGAUGACCCUAAAGGAAAACCUAUGACGUUUGGUGGAACAGAGUAAAGCCAAAUCUGAGACACGGAAUGUAUUAUACGUUUGUUUUUGAGAAAGAGCGUGUCAAUAUUUCCUGAGUAGUAGUGUUAUAUAGUUAAAAAACGAAUGAGAGAACGACCCCCACUUCUGUGUGCAUUACUUAUUGAAAAGAUUUCCCUUCCCAAACAUUCCAUUUUCUGCGAUAUCAUUAUGUCAUCGGACUAUUUUGCAUUUUUCGUUUCUAAAAUGUAACAAAAAAUGUAUGACGGCGAGUCGACUACGAUUUGUAUGUAUAAUCUUAGGUGAUUGUUUUAGUGCGAUAGUUUAGUUAUAUAUGAUGAUCUGUGAAAUAAUGUAUCAAUAUCAAUACUCUAGUCAUCACUUAGUAAAUGAAAUCUUGUGUUUUCUUUCUCAAUUUGAAGUGCGCUUUGCGCAUUCUUCUUUUCUGUGGGAAGACAACUAAAUAUUGAUUAAUAAAUAAAAUUGUACAAAUGCGAAGGGUA